AGAAAGCAUCGCGAGAGAAACAGAUCCCGCCUAAUUCGGCUUUAUGGCCCCGUGGGCUCUUAGAGGCAAGUUUCGGCAGAAUUUGCUAGAAUUUGGAAUCGAGUGUACUUUCUGACAUAUUUGAACACAGGACCCAGGGGCUCUUGGAGAGGAACCUGGUCCCAGAGGAUCUGGACUGCCUGUAAAAAUGAGUCCUGCAGAUGCACUUGAUGAUGAAAAUACAUUUAAAAUCUUAGUUGCAACGGAUAUUCAUCUUGGCUUUAUGGAGAAAGAUGCAGUCAGAGGAAAUGAUACAUUUGUAACACUUGAUGAAAUUUUAAGACUUGCCCAGGAAAAUGAAGUGGAUUUUAUUUUGUUAGGUGGUGAUCUUUUUCAUGAAAAUAAGCCUUCAAGGAAAACAUUACAUACCUGCCUUGAGCUAUUAAGAAAAUACUGUAUGGGUGAUCGUCCUGUCCAGUUUGAAAUUAUCAGUGAUCAGUCGGUCAACUUCGGUUUUAGUAAGUUUCCAUGGGUGAACUACCAAGAUGGCAAUCUCAACAUUUCAAUUCCAGUGUUUAGUAUUCAUGGCAAUCAUGAUGAUCCCACGGGGGCAGAUGCACUCUGUGCCCUGGAUAUUUUAAGUUGUGCUGGAUUUGUAAAUCACUUUGGACGUUCAAUGUCUGUGGAGAAGAUAGACAUUAGUCCAGUUUUGCUUCAAAAAGGAAGCACAAAAAUUGCACUAUAUGGUUUAGGCUCCAUUCCAGAUGAAAGGCUCUAUCGAAUGUUUGUCAAUAAAAAAGUAACAAUGUUGAGACCAAAAGAAGAUGAGAACUCUUGGUUUAACUUAUUUGUGAUUCAUCAGAACAGGAGUAAACAUGGAAGCACUAACUUUAUUCCAGAACAAUUUUUGGAUGACUUCAUUGAUCUUGUUAUUUGGGGCCAUGAGCAUGAGUGUAAAAUAGCUCCAACCAAAAAUGAACAACAACUAUUUUAUAUAUCACAACCUGGAAGUUCAGUGGUUACUUCUCUUUCCCCAGGAGAAGCUGUAAAGAAACAUGUUGGUUUGUUGCGUAUUAAAGGGAGGAAGAUGAAUAUGCAGAAAAUUCCUCUUCAGACAGUGCGGCAGUUUUUUAUGGAAGAUGUUGUUCUGGCUGAUCAUCUGGACAUUUUUAACCCAGAUAAUCCUAAAGUAACCCAAGCCAUACAAAGCUUCUGUUCGGAGAAGAUUACAGUAAUGCUUGAAAAUGCAGAACGGGAACGUCUGGGGAAUUCGCGACAGCCAGAGAAGCCUCUUAUACGACUGCGAGUGGACUAUAGUGGAGGUUUUGAACCUUUCAGUGUUCUUCGCUUUAGCCAGAAAUUUGUGGAUCGGGUAGCCAAUCCAAAAGACAUUAUCCAUUUUUUCAGGCAUAGAGAACAAAAGGAAAAAACAGAAGAAGAGAUCAACUUUGGGAAGCUUAUCACAAAACCUUCUUCAGAAGGAACAACUCUAAGGGUAGAAGACCUUGUAAAACAGUAUUUUCAAACUGCAGAGAAGAAUGUCCAGCUCUCACUGCUCACAGAAAGAGGGAUGGGUGAAGCAGUACAAGAAUUCGUGGACAAGGAGGAGAAAGAUGCCAUCGAAGAAUUAGUGAAAUACCAGUUGGAAAAAACACAGCAAUUUCUUAAAAAACGUCAUAUUGAUGCCCUAGAAGAUAAAAUUGAUGAAGAAGUACGUCGUUUCAGAGAAAGCAGACAAAAAAAUACUAAUGAAGAAGAUGAUGAAGUUCGAGAGGCCAUGAAUAGGGCCAGAGCUCUCAGAUCUCAGUCAGAGGACUCUGCUUCUGCCUUCAGUGCUGAUGACCUUAUGAGUAUAGACUUAGCAGAACAGAUGGCCAAUGACUCUGAUGAUAGCAUCUCAGCACCAGUGAACAAAGGAAGAGGCCGAGGAAGAGGUCGAAGAGGAGGAAGAGGGCAGAAUUCAGCAUCGAGAGGAGAGUCUCAAAGAGGAAGAGGCCCUGGUCUGGAUACUACUACCCGUGGCAGGAGUUCAAAGGCCACUGUGUCAACAUCUAGAAAUAUGUCUAUUUUAGAUGUUUUUAAAUCUACCAGACAGCAGCCUUCCCGAAAUGUUGCUACUAAGAAUUAUUCAGAGGUGAUUGAGGUGGAUGAAUCCGAUGUGGAAGAAGAUGACAUUUUUCCUGCCACUUCAAAGACAGAUCAAAGGUGGUCAGGCGCAUCCUCCAGCAAACGCAUGUCCCAGAGCCAAACAGCCAAAGGGGUUGAUUUUGAAUCAGACGAGGAUGACGAUGAUGAUCCUUUUAUGAACAUCAGUUCUUUAAGAAGAAACAGAAGAUAAUAUAUUUAAUGGCACUUAGAAAUUUUCAAGAUACAAGAGGAAGCAAAACAUUGCAAGCUAAGAGUUUAUAGUUGAAAAUGUUUGAAGUAUUGCUGUUAACUGAAGAAGUUGAAAAAGACUUAACAGAAAAAAACUAAUGUUUAAGAAUCUAUAUUUUUGAAUAUCAUUUCAUGAACAUUACUCCAUUACUGGGAGAAAUUUCCCAGCUCAAGAACAUAUAUAAUAGCAUUGGUUCUCUUUAUUUUUAAAUCUGGUAUAGUAACAGCUUUAUUUAAAUAUCAUUUUCGAGUAAGGAUUAAAAUAAAUUUGCCAUUAUACAUUUCUGCUUCAUGAUUGUAGACUAUGUCAGUAUUUUAAUGUGGUUACAUUUAGCCAAAGUUGAGGGAAAGAGCUUAAAAAAUGUAACUUCUUGUUAAUCUUAAUGAUUUCCUAGAGGCUCUUGACUUCUUGAAAGUAAAACAAUCUAUGUAAAACUGUGCCUAAGCUCACUAUUUGUUAUUAAGUAUGUGGUUUUUUCUGUGCUUAUUAUAAGACUUUGAAUGAUAGAAGUACCUUUUAGUUUGAAUAGAUAUGUUUUUAUUAAAGAGAACGUUCUGUUAGAAUUAUUGAGUUUUUUAUUCCAGUUGUAGCAAAGAUUUCAAAAGAUUAUAUUCACACUGAGUUGUAGUAGUUUUCUCUAUUAUUCUCUACCGUUAAUGGUUCUUUCUUUCUCAUGCAUGCACCUAUUUCUAGGAGAAAAAGGGUUAAAAAAUUUUAAACUAUAUGUUCUUGAAAAUAUUAAAGGUCUUUUUUAGAUAGAAUGGUCAGUUGAACCUUGUAGUUAUAUUAUAUUAAAAUAUUGAAAUAUAACUAAUGUGGAAUAUCAAUACCAAGACUUUUCAUUAAUAUUUUAUCUUUUUUUUUUUUGGAG